GACAGAAUGAACCACAUAAUGUUUGGUCUCCGGCCGCUGGGAUUCCACCUGAUGAACGUUCUGCUGCACUCCUGCGUCUGCCUGCUGAUGACCCGUCUGCUGCUGCGCCUGCUGCGUCUCCCUCAGGGCACCGUUCUCUCGGCGGGCCUUCUCUUUGCCACUCAUCCCAUACACAGCGAGGCGGUCACGGGGCUGGUGGGCAGAGCGGAUGUCCUGGCUUCUCUGUUCUUCCUGACUGCUAUAUUGACCUAUCACAGAGCGACGGAAGAAGAUAACGUGGAUCCUGACGAGGCGGAGGGGGCGGCAGGGGAGGCAGGGGGCGGCUGGGAGAGCAAGAGAAGUUUUGCUCCCAUGGGGGGCGAGAGCGGCUGGGGGUGGGGGGGAGCGGGGAGGAGGAGGAGAGGAGGAGGAGGGGGAGGAGGAACAGCAUAUGCGUGGGUCCGUCGGGCUGGAGUCCUGGCAGGGGCGGGGACACUGUGCAAGGAACACGCCCUCACCACGCUGGCUGUGUGCGCGGCCUGGGAUGUCAUACGGCACAGGAAGCACGUCAGGAGCUUGCUGAGGGGACAUCCAGUUGGCAAGCAUCUGGGCGCUCUUCUGAGGAGGUUGAUCCUGCUGGCCGCCAUGAGUGUGGGCAUUCUAAUCCUGCGCCUGUGGAUGCUGGGAGGAUCAUCUCCUGCGUUCAGUGACCAGGAUAACCCCGCAUCCUUCUCUCCUAGUUUGGUUACAAGAUUGCUGACUCUUUGUCGCCUGCCGGUCUUCAACGCGUGGCUUCUGCUGUGCCCUUGGACUCUCUCUCACGACUGGCAGAUGGGGUCACUGGCCCUCGUGACCUCGCCCUUUGACCUGAGGAACCUGGCGUCGGUCAUACUAUAUGGCACUCUUGCCCUCACUCUCAGGGCGGGUUUGCUCAUUAAGGGUCGAGAAGGCAACGGCAUCCUCCUUGGCUUGGUCCUGCUCAUCGUGCCCUUCUUGCCCGCAACGAAUCUUUUCUUCACCGUCGGUUUUGUUGUCGCUGAGAGGAUCCUCUACAUCCCGAGCCUAGGAUACGCGGUGUUGAUAAGCAUAGGCCUGUCCCGCCUAGGCCGACUUCGAGCGCCCUGUCUUCUCCUGCUGUUGGUGGUCUUUUCCAUCAGGACAGUGCAGAGGAACCGUGACUGGGAGAGCAGAGAAACGCUGUUCGUCGCCGGCCUGCGGACCUUGCCCCACAACGCAAAGAUGCACUAUAACUACGCCAACCUGCAGAAGGACCUUGGCAACACGAAUUUAGCCAAGUACCAUUAUGAAGAAGCAAUAAGGGGAAUGAACAAGAUUUAUGGAAUCCCUGAGUAUUGA